GAAUUUUUUUAUUUAUUUUAAAUACAUGCAACUGCUGAUCCUAUUUGUACGUAUAUUACGUAAGCAAGAAUGUGAAGCUCUAGAGUCCUGUCAUUCACCAUUCCAAAACGUGCUUUGAGUCACCUGAUAAAAAGGAAUCUCAAUGUGAAUAUUUGCUUUUAAGGUCAUUACACAAUACUCAACUACACAUGACAAUUUAAUUGUUUGUUGGCAGAACACUAACCCUUGUUGCAAAUGCUUCGUUUUCAGAACAGUUAUUUUAAGUUAAGGCAGUUGUCAACAAGGGGUUAAGUCUCGUGCUUACUAACAAAUAUAAUCGCACAUGUAUUAUGCUUCAUGCAAACAAUGAGGGGUAUGGCUCUGUUCAGCCAAUCACAUGGAACCUAGUGCAGCUGGUGGAAUGAAUUGAAUUUGUUGUAAGACGUGGUAGGAAACAUUAAACAGUUCAAGAUAACCUUGUUCCUGCUGCUUCAACAGACAAUAAAUCCCCAGAAAAGAUGCCUGAUAUUCCAGCGACGCUCCCUCACACCCCUCCAGAUGGGGGAUGGGGGUGGGUUGUUGUCUUUGCUUCAUUUAUUUCGAUUGGAUUUUCAUAUGCAUUUCCCAAAGCCAUUACAGUAUUCUUCAAAGAAAUCCAGGAGAUAUUCCACACUUCAUACAGUGAAAUUGCAUGGAUAUCCUCCAUAAUGCUGGCAGUCAUGUAUGCUGGAGGCCCUAUAAGCAGUAUUCUGGUAAACAAAUAUGGGAGUCGUCCAGUCGUAAUGGCAGGAGGAUUACUAUGCUCCUCGGGAAUGAUUGCUGCUUCAUUCUGCACCAGUGUCCUUCAGUUAUACAUUUGCGUUGGAGUCAUUGGUGGUUUCGGAUUAGCAUUUAAUCUUCAGCCUUCUUUAACAAUUAUUGGAAAAUACUUCUUCAAAAAACGGCCUAUUGCAAAUGGACUGGCCAUGGCAGGAAGCCCAGUAUUUUUAAGUACUUUAGCACCUCUAAAUCAGUUUCUUUUCAAUAAAUUAGGAUGGAGAGGAAGUUUUUUAGUGCUAGGCGGACUCCUGUUAAAUUGCUGUGUGGCUGGGUCUCUCAUGAGACCUAUUGGACCUAAACCUGUACAAAAAGACACAGAGACAGCAGAGAAGUUGACAGCAUGUCAGAAUAUUAACAAAUAUUUAGAUUUAUCACUUUUUAAACACAGAGGAUUUCUUAUUUAUUUAUCCGGGAAUGUCAUUAUGUUCUUGGGCUUCUUUGCCCCAAUUGUUUUCCUGGCACCAUAUGCCAAGCAUAUGGGAAUAGAUGAGUAUUCGUCUGCUUUUUUACUAUCUAUAUUGGCUUUUGUAGACAUGGUAGCAAGACCUACAAUGGGAAUGGUUGCAAACUCUAAAUAUGUCCGUCCAAGGAUACAAUACUUUUUCAGUUUUGCAAUUUUAUAUAAUGGUAUAUGCCAUGUACUGUGCCCCUUUGCUAACGAUUACAUGGGAUUAGUGAUAUAUGCAAUAUUCUUUGGCUUUGCCUUUGGUAUGGUAAGCAGCGUUCUCUUUGAAACACUAAUGGAUAUUGUUGGAGCAGCAAGAUUCUCCAGUGCUGUUGGACUUGUGACCAUUGUGGAAUGUUGCCCAGUAUUAAUUGGACCUCCAUUGGGCGGCUAUUUAGUGGACGUAACCGGAAGCUACAAAUACAUGUACUUUGUAUGCGGCAUUAUUGUAAUUGUAGCAAGUAUCUAUUUGUUCAUUGGGAAUGCUAUCAAUUACAGAUUACUUGCAAAGGAAAAGCUGGCUAACAAGGCACAAAAUGCAGAAAAAGAGGCUGAACCUUUGAACGCACCAAACUCAGUUGAUGUAGUCAAAAAGCAAUCUAACACACAGACAAAUUCAUCUGAACGAGAAACUAAUAUAUAAUCCGAACUUGUAUUUAUUGUUAAUAUUUUAAAAACCAGUGAUAUGCAAGUAUUAUACAGAAGUCCGAAAACGGUACUGUGAGCAUUAUGAUGUAAAGACUUGUAAAUUACAUUUGAAAAUGUUGAGACAAGGUCAGAUGGGAACUUUUAUUUUUGCAUUUUGUAAAAAAAAAAAAAAAAAGAACAAAAAACAAAAAAAAAAUCACACUGAAUAAUACCAUGCUUUAACACAUUGGGACAUAUACAGUAUAUCAGGGUAUGCAAUUAGCGGACCUCCAGCUGUUGCAGAACUACAAGUCCCAUGAGGCAUAGCAAAACUCUGACAGCCGAAAGCAUGAUACCCAGAGGCAGAGGCAUGAUGGGACUUGUAGUUUUGCAACAGCUGGAGGUCCGCUAAUUGCAUAUCCCUGUUGUAUAUAAAGCAGUGAAUGUGACAAGUGAUUAAUCAUUCCUUUUAAUUUAAACACAUGCACUAGGAAGAAUCACUUGCAGUGAAUAUAUAGUGAAAGUCAUAUUCACUACCUUUUAAAUACCCCUCAUGCUUUUCAGUAGGGGGCCGAACUUCCCUAUCACUGUGCUUUAAAGUUUAAAAUUUUGGCUCUCUGAAGUUGCAAAAUACACGACAUCACAACCUAAUAUGAGGUUUAAGAAGGUAGUGUACUUCUUAUGUCAAAUAUUCCACUGCAUUCUACAACAUAUUGUCAUAAGUGCCUGACAGUGUAAUGAUUUUUUUUUUACAUUGCAUGAUAUUAUUUUUAUUUUUUUGUUGUUUUUAAUUACAAAAAAAACUUUGAGUACCCACUGACCCAUUACAAAGCCUUUUUUUUUUUUACAAAUGUAGACCAAUGCAGUAUGUUUUCACGUGCAUUUAUAUGCAGUAUAUUAACACAUUUCUUAUGCACUACGUAUGGGUUGGUUGCCAUUCAUUUUUUAAGGCACUCAAAUGAGCAUGCACAAACAAAUUUGUUGAAAAAAGUCUGAUGUGUUCUUGGUCUGGGGAUGUGCAUUAUGUGCCCAUUAAAUACAAAUGGACUAGUUUAACACAACGCACCAAAAUGAUGUAUAAAAUGUUAAUGGGCUUCAAAACAAAGUUUAUAGUUCACUAAUUUGUUCCCAAUAUGCAAAAAAGUUAAAAUGCAUUUUUAAUCAUAAAGAGAUAAUUGAGGUAUUCAAAUUAUUAUUCUAAAGCAUUUCAGUUAAUGAUA